AUGACCCAUGCAACUCAUGAACUCACCCACGACUUGUACGACACAGACGCAUCUUUCUCUGCAAUAGGGGAUGCGGAUGCUGACGACUUCCUUAACGUGGACGAGGAUAUAUCCAGCCUAGAAAGCGAUGUGACGGACUUAGAGGACUUUAGUGACGACGAUUUCAACGUUACAGAUCAAGUCUAUCUUUGUAGGGAAUGUUCAUCCGCCAGAAUACUACCAGAGGGCGCUACAAGAGUUCAACAAGAGUGCUUUUGA